CGGCUUUGGACUCGGCAGAGGUCUGCACAGCUCAAAAUGCCUGGCUUAAUUAAAAUGUGACACUUUCCGCUAUAAGUGGAAAACUGUUGGACUUGGACGUAAACAUGGUCAACAGAAAACACCCCAGACUUUGCAAAAGCUGGGAAUUAUGGGGAUUUUUCAUCCUCUUGCUUUAUACCAGCCCUCAUUCCUGUUUUGCAACCUUCAGCCAAGCAAAAGAACUCAUCUAUAGGAUAAAGGAGGGAUUACCCAAAGGGACCUUCAUAGGAGCCAUUGGAGUGGACUUAAAUUUGGAUUUUACAGUUGACCCCCCCUAUUUAUUCAGUCUGGCUCAAAAGAGGGUCAGUGAACAGUAUGUGACACUCGAUAAUACAACAGGAGAAUUUUUUACAUCUGCUACAGAGAUUGACAGGGAGACACUUUGCCCGGAUAACUCCGACAGACAAGGAUGUUUCCUCUCAAUGGAUGUCUUUGUACUUCCCCAGCAGUAUUUUCAACUCAUCAAAGUUAAAGUCGUCAUUGAGGAUGUGAAUGAUAACAGACCAAAGUUCCCCGUGGAUGAAAUCCUUCUAUCCGUUCCAGAAAACACACAGAUCAAUUCUCGCUAUGCGGUGGAACAGUCUGCAGUUGACCCAGACCUGGGUCUUCAUGGAGUGCAGACCUACUGGCUUGUGAACGACUUUGGUGUGUUCACGCUCGACGUUGAAGAGAACGAAGGAGGGGAGCUGACACCCUUUCUUAUCGUGACAGAACUUUUAGAUCGAGAGACACAGGCUGAAUACAUAACAGACAUUAUCGCAGAGGAUGGGGGUACCCCUCCCCUACUUGGUGCUGCCACUUUAAAAAUUGUCAUCUUAGAUGUGAAUGAUAACUGUCCCCAAUUCACAGAGUCUUACCUUAAUGUUACUCUGCAUGGGAACUCCACCAAAGGCACACAUUUGGCACGUCUGCAUGCUUUUGACCCUGACCUUGGCGAUAAUGCUCAGAUCAACUAUGCUUAUAGUGAACGUGUGCCAAGGGAGACCAGAAGCUUGUUCCAUUUGAACAGAACUACAGGAGUGAUCAAACUAGCAGACAAAAUAGACACAGGUACAGCCAUGUUUUACAAACUCACUGUUUUGGCCAAUGGACCUGGUUGUAUUCCUGCUGUCGCCACUGUUGCUGUUCACAUCAUCAAAGUUCUUUUGGGGCCUCCUGCUGUUGUACCUCGAUAUAUUGCAUCAGAAAAAGAUGGGGUGGUGAGACUUAAGGAGUCUGAGCCAGUGUUUUCUCCUAUUGCUUUUUUUACUGUCAAAAACAUCAAUGUCAAUCAAAGGGUGGACUGCCAUUUGGAGGGAACAGGUCCUUUUCGGAUCGGGCCCUAUCAGCUCCUCACAAAUGAAUACCUACUUGAAACCACAGAGCCACUGGAUUAUGAAAUGACAAAGGAGUACGAUCUCAUUGUAGUUGCUGAAAACGGUCGUGGGCUCGUCAUCAAGACUUUUCUAAAGGUGCAAAUUUUGGAUGAGAAUGACAACGCUCCAGUUUUUCAGCAGUCUUCGGUGGAAGUAUUUUUAGAUGAGAAUAACCCCCCCAACACCUAUCUUACUCAGCUCCAUGCCACAGACCAAGACAGUGGAAGCCAAGGAGAAGUUGUCUAUCUUCUUGGAGGUGAUGCCCCAGGGAUGUUUCUUAUAGAUUCCGUGACAGGCAUUCUGACUGUGACUACAUCACUGGACCGUGAGGAGAAGGAAACAUAUCGCUUCAUUGUGAGAGCUGUGGACCAAGGAACCCCAAGAAGGGAGUCGAUUGCUACUGUUGUGGUAACGGUACAAGACCGCAAUGACAACAGCCCGCGCUUCAUCAACAAGGAUUUCACAUUCUUUGUGCCAGAGAACUUUCCGGGUUACGGUGAGAUCGGCGUGCUGUCAGUGAUGGAUGCUGAUUUGGGGAAAAAUGGAUGGGUGGCCCUAUCCAUCCUCAAUGGCAGUGACAUCUUCAUGAUAGACACAGGCCGAGGCACACUUCGGGCGAAGACAUCACUAGAUCGAGAGCAACAGGGGACCUACCAGCUUUGGAUUGAGGCCGUAGACGGUGGGGAGCCCGCACUCUCCUCUGUUACAAUGGUGACUGUGCUGCUGUUGGAUGUCAAUGACAACCCACCGAUUGUCCUUUUCCCACAGUCCAAUCAGUCCUACAUGCUGGUGCUACCCAACACCCUGCCGGGAACCUCCGUCACAGAAGUGUACGCUGUGGAUAACGAUACAGGCAUGAAUGCCGUGAUUGCAUAUAGUAUCAUUAAAAGAAAGGGAGGCGAACCUGGAUCUUUUGCCAUCAACCCCGAAACAGGAAAUAUCACUUUAGAGAGGGAACUGAGCAACCGUGGUCUCUACAGCCUUCUGGUAAAGGUCAGUGAUCACGGUCAGCCAGAGCCACUUUACUCAACAAUUAUGGUUAACUUCUUUGUGAACGAAACGGUGAGCAAUGAGAGCUACAUACAGAGUUUGCUGACCAGAGAGGCUGAUAUUGAAAUAGAGGAGAGACCCUGGCACAUUGGUCAGUUGAAAGAGGGACCUGAGAGGUAUGACAUGUGUCCAUGUACACCUGCCCUCAUUGCCCUUGCAGUGACAUGCCUCGGGCUGCUCUUCUCCCUUGUUACGCUAACAGGUUACAUAUGCUUAAAAAGGUUUCAGAAGCAAAAGACAAAAUCAGACGUUGAUGUACCAUUAAAAAUAAAAAAAGAUUCUACGCUGGUCAAAAAUAGGAAGCUCAGACAUGUCUCAAACAUUUAAUUUUCAGUAAUCCACACAUCUGCUUAUUUGGGAGUUUACACAUUGUGAAACAGCAACAUAAAUUUGUUUAAUCUUAUUGCAUUUUAUAAUUACAGUAAUCACUCGCCACUUUGAGCUUUGAAUUUUGCAGUAUUUAAAAAAUACAUUAAUUAAUAAAUCAUGCUAUGGCCUACUAUUAGUCACAAAAAUUACAAAAAUUAUAUAUAUAUAUAUGGCAUUUUUUUUGCCAAACCUAAAUACAAAAAUUAAAACCACAAAUAUAAAUACAAGGGAUUCAGAAGACACAUUCAAAGACGCUGUGAUAAUAUUUUAUCUCCAUAAUAUAUUCUACACUUGUCUCUAGGUGUCAGUAAUGUCAAUGUACUGAGACACACAAUGAUCGCCAGAACAACAGGCUUUAAUUGCAGAUUUUGAAUGAUCUCACAAUUUGAGCUACUGUUGUGGCCAUAACUCACGCCAAACUAAAACUCAACUUUGGGGCCAUCAAUGUCACUUCCUGUUUCCCCCCUUUUAGUUACCUAAUGCCAGAACACAUCUGCAGAAACACUCACAUGCAUUAGUCUUGUUUAUGUCAAAAUGUAUAUUAUAUAUACUGUUUGGGGCAAUGUGAAUGUCAUGGUGACUAUAGGGGUGCUGUAGUAUCUCACAAUAUCUAACAAUAUUAGAACCUGUAUUUGGAAGGUCGUAAACAGGUUUUCUAUGCUGUAACUAUGACAAUAUUCAAUGUAUAAAUAAGAAAGCCUACUUUGUGAAAAUGCACUUAUCUGGAACUAGGUCUGGAACGAGGGAUUACUGUACUUGGGACACAUUCACUAUAUAGUAAAAUCACAGGUCAUUUCAUUAAGAACACCUUCAUAAUCCAAUAAGAUCCAACACAAGUCCUAUCACAAAAGUAUACCUAUACUGUCAUCCCUCACUUAUUGGUUUAUUGGUUAAUUGGUUAAUUAAUUUCUGCAAAGUAGAAUUCAUGGUUAAUAAUAAAUGGUAUGUUUUCAUAGUUACAUCAUAAAAAACAUGCCUUUUUAAAUACAACCUUUACCAUUAUUAAAGCACUACAGACAUGAAAUAGCACACAUAUAGUCAUAUUUACACUCAUAAAAACCAAAAAAAGCCCACAUUGAUCAACAGUAAUGUGUAGGUUACGAGAUCACUGCACAGAAACGAGACAGCCGUGGCUUUAAACAUUAGCAAACGAGUGCGCUAACUCGCUGACUCCAAUUUAUUUACUGUAUUCUAAAAGAGGUUUUAAAACGGAGUGGGGAAAACGGACAAAGAAGCCAAAAAUGUACCACUUCCACAUUGAAUGGGAGGAUAACUUAUUUUCACUCAUCAUGUUUGGUACGCCAUGGCGUACUACAUGCAUUGUGACAGUAAUCUACUGCAAUAUCAUGUCUCAGUAAAGGAACAUUACAGAUGCCUAGUGGCGAGAAUACUACAUAUACUUUAGUCUUUCAAUAUUUGUUUUUUGAUUAAUAAUACACCAGCAACCAUUUAGUAAUUAUUAAAUUGGAGGGAUUACUGUGCAAAUGUACAAGUGCACUAAAUGCAGAAAAGUUACAUUUUGUCUCUUGCACAGUUACGGUAAAUAAAUACUAACCUCGGCAAACUACAAUGAGACUCUUUGGUAUGUCUGAUUAUAUUGUGAAGUAUAUGUAAUGUAGUGGCUGGUGAGUGUAUAGCCAUAUUACAUGACUGAUGCUUGCAGGAAUAUGUUAUGUAUCAGAAAGAUUGGAAAUUAAUUUAUUAGUGGCAUCCUAUAACAUUACAAACAGAAAGUCUUGAAAAUGAUUUAAACAUGUACAUAUCGUGCAAAGUCUUUGAAGGCACAGCAAAUAUUGACUUUUUGAUGACUGUUGUAGACAAUCCACAUGAAUAGUAAAUCUUUCAGACUAACGCCCAGCUUUUUAACUUGAGGUUGUCAUUGACCAUACGUCUGUGAUGACUCUCAUCCAUCCAUUUCAUUUCAAUGAGGACUGACUCUGAGCAUUUGGACUUGUUUGCCUCACUCUUUGUUAAACCUGUCAUUGACAACCAGAUGUUUUUUUAUAUUGUCAUUUAUGUUGACAUUCAAUAGAAAGAAGACAUAUUGUACUUGGUGACACUGAUGCAUUCCAAGUGUGCUUUUGUUGUUAUAUAAGACAUGCAAACUCAAAUCACCCUCAUUCAUGCAAUUCUCAAUGUGUUUGUGAGAUGUUACAAAGUGUUUGUGAAAACAAAUAUUAAAGUACUUUAUUUUAUUAUACGUAUGCAUUUUUAUUAUUUGCAUGCCUAUCAACAUAUAGUAUGUAAAUAACACAUUACUAUUAGAAACAUUAUCUGCAAAGCCUUGAUAUUCUGGGAUUGUGGACAGCUAAGAAUUGUUACCAGUAUUGUUUAAUAUUGGACGAAAUAUUGGGUUAGAACUACAGUACUGUUUUAUUUUGUAAACUACACAGACAGGGUGAACUGUGAAACUAUGAAAUUCAUAGUUCCAAAUGAAACACAACUGUGUGCAGUUGUAUUUGAACAAAAAGUCAUACACACAGUGUUACAUGCAAUGUAAAUGAGUGUUCAAAUCCAUAUUUCCCAGCACAAAGCAAAUAUAUACAGCACACAAAAUAAAAUCCAACAUGAAUGAAAACCUAAUUUAUUCUGUACCAUUUUGCAAUGCACCUAUGUGACUGACGGGCAACAACAAGUGAUAACAACAUAUAAUACAAUGACGAACACUGUCCAGCCAGUGAUAAGGGUGGCUGGAUAAACUAGAGCAGUGGAAGUCUGGUGGGCUUUUUAUGUUAAAGUUGGCAACAUUUUCUUUCAAUUUUACAUGAUCAUGUUUUGCAGCUCUUGACCAUUUCGCUAAAAGGCUACAUUGUGCUUUCUUGCCUUCUCGUCCAUACACAAUACCACAAAAUGGAAAUUGUUACCCACAAGUUACCCACAACUAUUCUCUGUUAAUAUUUUUUACUUUAUUCUUGUAAUAUUACAGCUGUUUUUUUUCAAUUUCUAUUGGUGUAUUUUUUUUUAAUUUUCCAACUAUUUCAACUUUAAUUAUUUUUUCUAUAAUAUUUCAAAUGUAUUCUUGCAAUAGUAAAACUUUCUCCACUACUUAAUUUUCCAUAAAGUGCAGCUUCACAUGUUGUUUUGUUUGCUUUUCAUAAUAUUACAAAAAAAAUCAUCUUUUUUAAUAUUUAAACUUUGUGCCAGUAAAAUAGCAUAAUUUGUUCGUCAUAAUAUACUUCUGAUUUUGCACUUUUUCUUUGUUUGUUUUUUAGGAAAAUUACAUUAUUACCAAUAAUGGGGCAAUAAAGAGUGCCACAAUUGGCACCUAGGCCACACUUGGACACACCAUCAUACCACCAGGAAUGAAUGGAAACACACAGAAAAACAUCUGCUGUUUUAUGGAGGAAUAAGUUUGCUGUAAAAUUUCAAAUAGAGCAUUCAUUCCAUAUGCAUGUUACAAACUGUUUUUGAUUCUCACGGUAACAAGGUGUGUACCACAUUUCUACGAAACACAGGAAGAUUCCGUUUUUCAAGGGAUGAUUUGGAACCCUAAGUCAUGAUGACAAAGAUGAAAAUCCAGUUUGACUGUCACCACCUGCAAAGGGCAGGGAUGGGGCGUGUUAUUGAGAGACAAACAAACAUGCAUGCAUUCUUUCCACCAAAUGCAGUCAUACUCAUAAAUGCUUAAUGCUUCUUUCACAUGUAUUUGCAUCAGACGGAAGGGAAAUUAGGAAAAGAAAAGAAAGGAUUUGGGACGUGAGUCGACAGUACACGCCCAAGUACGGAACUCACUUGAGCCAAAUGUCUUUUAUUAACAUCCCUGGGUUUGGCUCAAACAAUAACAGAAACAUGCAAACAAACCAGUGUUGAGAAUGUAUUCUCACACACACUCACACACACACACACACACACAAGGAGCGUCACAACUUAUAAUCAGCAUUUCAGCACUAGCGCAUGUCAUGUAAACACAGAGCACAUCAGGAGCAGCUCAGCGUAAUCCUCAGUAAUCACCUCUGGCCAUCCUGUGCUUUUCACAAAUGGGCUGUGCUAUGAUAUUCAUUUGACACAGAAAUGAUCAUUUUAGAACAUGAAUAGUACUCAGUAGAUUUGUUGGAUCAGCAAAGUCAGCACCUUUGUAGAUGCCCAAAUGAAUGUAAGGUUGUUUUUGUUUGAUAAAAAAAGGGGAAAUGUAUAAAAAAAAAAAUAAUAAUAAUAAUUUUUACGUAUGCAUUGCUAACAAAAGUGAAAAUAAAUACUGCUUGACCUGACCCACACAAAUGUGAUGGCUU